CAUCAUGGAAACACGCCUUGGAUUUCAUCAUUGAUCAAUUCUUCUACAAACAACAGCAUUCGAUUCUUUCUUUACUGAGAGACUCGAAUCGAAAGCCUUUUUCUGCUGCGUUGUUGAGGCGCAGACGCUGUCAUCAUGGCUAUUAUCGAAGGGUGGUUACCACCCACUCGGGAGAACUACGACCUGAUCCUCAAAGUCUGGCAGAUAUCUUACCCAAUUAUUGGUUCGAUGCAAUGGCUUACCAGUUGGUAUGGCAUGGGCAAAACCUCAGUCACAAGCCCUCUCAACCUACCCGGCCGUAUUGGCUGGUUGACCAUGGAGGCACCUGGAUUUCUGACGCUGCUGUACCUGAUGAAAGUUCUUCCUGAACAGCAUGGAAUCGACGAUCUUCCGUGGCAGAAUAAAGUGCUUGCGGGUCUGUUUGUGAUUCACUAUUUGUAUCGCGCUGUUAUGUUUCCCUAUCUUCAGCCCUCCAUGUCACCGGUGCACAUUGCUGUGUGGCUGCUCGGCUUGAGUUUUCAGAUUUGCAACGCAACAUGUAUUGGAUCAUGGCUCGCAGCAUAUGGCCCUACCACUGAAGCAGCAUGGUCAUCACAAUCAUCCAUAUUGCAAUUCUCAUCAGGUAUUCUAAUCUUCUAUCUCGGUCUAUCCGGCAACUUCUUCCACGACGAGGAACUACGAGACAUACGCCGGCGCGAGGCCCAGCGGCAAGAGCGCGCCAAGCUGGACGGCCACGCGAGCAGCAAGGGCGUGGAGAAGCACUACCAGAUUCCGCAGGCAGGACUGUUCCGGUACGUGCUGUACCCUCACUACCUGUGCGAGUGGGUAGAGUGGGCUGGGUUCUGGAUGGCGGCGGGCUGGGGAUGCGCGCCUGCGAGGGCGUUUCUGGUGAACGAGAUGUUCGCCAUGUUUCCGAGGGCUGUCAGGGGACGGAGGUGGUACCUGGAGAGAUUUGGAGAGGACAAGGUUGGGAGGAGGUGGGCUGUUAUCCCGGGGGUUUGGUGAGGCUGAAGAGGGAAUGGUAUGAUGGACGGGUUAGUUAUGCUUAUGUUGGAUGGGUGAUGUUAGUUGAUGUUAAGGUGUGGUUAUGGUUGUGACUAUGGGUAUAACUAGGGAAUGGUCGUGACAGACAUAGAGCACAGAGCAUGUAAGAGUAUCGAGUAUUCAAUGCAUAAUAGAUGCCGUUCCAUAGACAAGAACCGAGUAUAAUAGCCGAGAUAUAUGCUAAUCAAGUGGGAUAUACGUAUGUGGGAUA